CCUUAACCCACCCAACACCCAACGCCCCCCCCCCUGCCCUGCUUGCUACGACCAUCUUACAUACCGAAACAUCGGGGCAAUCCGACAUAGUGGCCAUUGGUUUUGUCACUACAAGCAGUCACACAAUGAGAGCAGAGUGAAUUCGUCGAUACUAACCCGGCUCCCUCCUCCCCGCGCGCGCGACACAUUUGACGAAAAACAGCAACAGUGAGCGGGAGGAAACCAACAAACACGGACGGCAACUCUUCGAUCUUCGACGCGUGAAGGCACGAAUAACAGGCAGCAUGGCUCGCGCAGCAGUCAUCCCACAGUCCCCGCCCAAGCGGGCAACGCGCACCCGCACCAAGGGAACGACAACCACGACGACGGCCAGCAGCAGAACCGCGCCGAAGACCACGAAGGCCAAGGCACCUAGUUCCGCCACGGAGGCCCGGAAGCGAGGCGUCCGGACCGCGUCAGUCACGACGACGACAACGACCACCACCACCAAGCGACCCGUCGACGAGGAGGAUGCGGACGCGACGACGGACGAUGAGAUCGAUAUGUUCGCCGGGAGUAAGAGAGGGAAAGGCACGGCCACGGCGAAGCCCAAAGGGAGGCCGCCCGCAGCGAAGGCGGGGGCCAGUACCGUAGCCGCGCGCACACGAAAGACCCCGGUGGUCGCGACGCCGCCGGCCGCGGCGGAAUCGGACAGUGACAACGACGACGAGCUGGCUCAGUCGGAGGUGGUCCCGAAGAAGCGCGCUGGAAGGCCGAAGGCGAAGCCCGCCGCCGCCGCUGUCACCAAGGAGGCGGACAAGCCUGCUGCGGCGCCCAAGACCCGAGGUCGACCGAAGGGGACCGCGGCUGCGAAGCCGAAGGUGGUCGACGAAUUGAAGGAAAACACGCGGUUGAACGCCAAAGGGUUUACGGAUAUCGACUUCUCCUCGUCGCAGGAGGCCCCGAGGCAAGUGUACAUCACCACCCACUCUUCGUCCGUGAGGUCGAACAUGCUGCGCGGACCGGCCAAGAAGAAGAAAGUCACCUUCCAGGAUCCCACGGAUACGGAUGCGGAUGAAUUGAAUGAGCCGUCUCCUCCGCCGGCUGGCAGGAGAAGGGGCGCCGCCUCCGCCUCAGGGCGCCAGGGAGGUCUUGCGUCCAAGCCGGUGCGGAAACCCGCGGCCACCUCCGGUAGGGGCCGCAAGCCUGCGGCAGCGAAGAAGGACGACUCGUCGAAACCGCUCUCGCCGAAGAAGGCGACGCAAGUCGCCAAGGGGCUUUCUUCCUACGCCAGCUCGGAUGGCGAGGAUGACGAGUUAAGUGCGGACAAGGAUCAGAUGAAAGCAAUCCUCCAAUCGCCUCCCAAACACGGAUCAGAAAAAAUCGGACUCAGCUCCCCAGUCAAGAAGAUCAAUCUUACUGGACGACACUUCCGCAAGUCCCUCGAUGAAAAUGGCGACCCACUGCCCGGUCCUCGACGUUCGGUCGACUUCAACGAUAACAACCUUCUCCUGUCGAGCCCCGCCCGCCGACCACCCCCUUCGCCAUUCAAUUUCACAAUGAGAGAAACGCCCAGACGAGGUGGCGGUCUGACUCUCCGCAGUGACAUUAAUCCCUUGUCGCAACCGACGUUGUCGCCCACGCUCAAUUCUCCGCUCAGGCUAUCUCCGAAGAAAGCGUCCCUAGAAACCCCCCGACGCGGCAAUCUCUUUGGCACCAGUACCGGCUCGGUGUCUCAACCAAACUUCACCCCGGGACGCAACUCCCCCCUGAAAUCGUCGCCCAGAAAAGGUCUCUUUGGCGCGUCCUUCAUGUCUCAACCUCAGCCAGAGCCUUCCGCCACUCCCUUGAGACAUAGCACGUCCCUCCUUCAAAGUCCCGCGAAGAAGGUCGCCACUCCGUUCAAAGCUUCUCUGUCCGUCAUGAAGAGCCCAGGACCUGAAGAGUCGGAGCACGAGGAUGAUAAUGAAGAAGAACCGGGAGAGAACGAUACUUUUGACGAUUCUCACCUUGAGGAAUCCCCUCUUCGACUCAUGCAAACCAGGGUAGAGACCCAGGCCGAUGAGGAGAAUGAAGCGACUCAGGACGUGGCAUCAGAGGAGAAUGACGAACUCGACCCUGUCAGCACAACCCCGCCUCAUUCGCCUUCGGUAGCACGCCACUAUGAGAACAGUGCGGCGAAUGGGGAGACCGCUGAACAUGAUUCUGAGGAGACUGUUGAGUACGUUGACGAUGAUGCUAGUACAAUUGCCGAAGACGUCGCCGAAGUUGUCGGAGAAAACGUUGAGGAAGAGGGUGAUCAGAGCGAAGAUCAGGCCAUGGAAGACGAUGCUGGAAGCAUGGCAGAGGAAUCAGACAUUGACGACAUGGAAGAGGUCGACCCUCCCCCUGAGUAUGUGGAUGUGUCUAUGGAGGAGACUGGCGAGGAAGUGACCCAGGGGGCAGCUGAAGAGUUCGAAGAGAACCAAAAUGCGGAGCCCAGUGAGGAUGUCAACGAUGAGAAUGUUGAGAAGUUGAAUGAAGGCUCCCUAGGAGAGCCUGUUGCCGAGGAUAUUCCCGAGUCUCAACAUCAUGCUGACAAGGAAAGGGAUGAUCUGCAGGUUGGUAUAGAGUCUGAUGACGAUGCAGAAGAACAUAAUGAUGAUUUUGUUGUUCGCGAAAUUUCAGUGGAUGCGACACUGGACGAUGCUUCUGAUGGAGACAAUCAGGACCAGAAUGAUGACCGUGUCAAUCUGGACCAAGAUAUGCCCGAUACAGUAUCUGAUGCUGAAGACGACCAUCGGGAUGCAAUUGGCCAGGAACGCGCGGCAACACCUGGCUCAGCUGUAGAAGAGGAGAUCGACCAACCAACUACAGAGGAACAACACACACCCAUCCCCAACAUCCGAAACAGCUUAGCUAAGGACCUUAGCGAUGUCUUUGUCGAAGAACCCACACUACCUGCACAGGCGGACCAGCGUCUCGACUCCUCGGAUACCGAAGAUGACCCUGACAUGAUGGAGACUGAUGAGGACGUUGACGCUGCAGAGGAAGACUUGUCCCGUAGUCAGCAAGAAGAUAUCGUUGAGGAUAGUGUCUUCGAAGAAAAUGAGCCCACCAUUGUUGUUGCUGAACCAACAGAGAUCGUUCCGCGCAGUCGUGUCCCCAUCCUGCCAUACGAGGUUGAAGAGCCAGAAAAUCCUUGGAGUCCAAUUCGCGAAGCCUACUACAGAGCGAUGAAGAACAUUUCACCGGUCCGCGUUUUACCAGACAGCCCUGUACGGCGGAAUAUGAGCUUCGAGUCCACCGCUGACAGCCCAAGUCCGAUUCGGCAGGGCUUCACGGUAGACACCAGUGGCAACCAAGACCCGUUUGUCGACUCCAAUUCCGCGACACCACUUCUCAGACGGUCUAUAAAGCGUUCGAUAUUUGAUAACGCUCCGCGUUUCACACCUCUAGCACAGCAAUUCAGCCAAUGGAAGGCCAGCAGUCCCGCGCGAUCCCAGCCUCGGCGUUCGCAACGCCCACGCAAAGGUAUAUUCUCCUUAGGUGGCAGCCGCAGGUCGUCCAGCAACAUACUUCCCACCCCAGAAAAGGUCACAUAUCCUCAAAUCGACAGUCAAGCGGAAGAUGCUGUGUCGGAAAAGCCUGCGCAGUCAGAAGCGGCCGAGGCCGACGCUGAAAUUGUCGAGGACGACGAUCCUCAGAGUCACGAGGAUGUUAGCCAUAGCGUGCAAUCGGAAGUGAUUGACGCAAGUGAGACUACGGAGGCUGAACCAGAAGUUGCUGACGAGAACGUGGAUCCCCAAAACUACGAAGAGUCCAGCCAGGACUCGCAGGUUGAAGACACUGAGGCUGCUGAGGCUGUAGAGUCUGCAGACACUGCUGAGCAGGACACAGAGGCGACUGAGGGCCCCGAGGACUACGAAGAUUUCAGCCGGACCCCUGCCUUCGAAGAGCCUGGCACUACUGAGGACGCUGAGCAGAUGUCUGAGGAGGACGAGUCGGAAAUCUACGAAGGCCUUAGCCAGAGCCCUCGUCCGUCAGGGACCAACAACACCGAAACUACCGAGCCUGCUGAACCUGUUGAGCAAACUACUGAAGUUAUCGAUGGUCCUCAAAUAUCCGAAGAUCUCAACCAGCAAUCUCAGGCGGAAGAGAUUAUUCUUGCUGAGACUGAAGAGCCUGUCACUCAAGAAGUGGACGGCCCUCAGAUCUAUGAGGACCCUAGUCAGGACUCCCUACUAGAGGCCUAUCCCUCUGAAGAUAUCCAAGAGACGGAAGGCCCUGUGGUUGACAUGCCAAAUGGAACAGAGGUUAAGUCUGCCCUUGACAACUAUACCGAGGAAGUUCCCAGCGAGGAAUUAGUGACGGAGAUCGCCUCUGCGUCGAAGAGCCCGGUUUCUGCAAUUGACGCAUUUGAUGAUAACAAGGAGAAUGAGGUCUUUUCCAACAUUCCUCUCUUCACCCCUGUCAAGAACCGAAUUCCUCAGAUGCAAACAGUACACACUGUUUCCAAGGUGCCUCUCAAACCUGAAGGUCAAAUUUCGCCGCUGAAGAUCUCACGCAAGAGAGGUCUCUCGCUCUCAGGUGCUUCGCCUAUUCGUGCCUCCACCCGAAUUCGCACUUCGACUUUCGCUCCUACCCAGCAGACUGUUCCACCAUUGUCGCCUCGGAAAUCACCGAGACUUCAGAGAGUCUCCAUGUCCAGGCCCGUCGCCCCGGUGACACACCCCGCCGAGUCUAAGAAUGAGAGAUCGACGCCUGCCAAGCGCCCUCCGCAAUCUCCAAGCCCGACCAAGAGCGCAAAGGUCCCGAGAAGGAGCAUGAGCGCACCGGCGCCUAAGCUGGCUUUGCAAGGAGCGGUUGUCUAUGUGGAUGUGCACACCACGGAGGGAGAAGAUGCUAGUGGUAUUUUCAUCGAGCUGCUUCAACAAAUGGGAGCCCGGUGCAUCAAGAACUGGUGCUGGAACCCGCGCGCGAGCCUGGCCCCGGAGGAAGGGGUGGAACCCAAGGAGGGCAAAGUGGGCGUCACCCACGUGGUCUUCAAGGACGGCAGUGCUCGGACGCUGGAGAAGAUCCGCCAUGCGCGUGGCCUGGUCAAGUGUGUUGGUGUCGGUUGGGUUCUCGACUGCGAGCGGGAGAACAAAUGGCUCGACGAAACCCCCUACACCGUCGACAGCUCCAUCGUCCCCCGCGGCGGUGCCAAGCGCCGCAAGAGCAUGGAACCGCGUGCGCUGAGCAACGUCAACGGCACGCUGGUCCGGGCCACCGCAACCGCCACCGCCAUGGAUCGCCGCCGCUCCGGCGCCAUCAGCCGAGACACCGUGGAGAGCUUCACCCGGGACCACAGCACGCCGCCUCUUUCUACCCGGGAGGAGGAGCAGGCGGAGUCCUCGACCGCUACGCCGCCCGACCAGGUCGAGUACACAGUGGGUCACACCGAGCCCGACCAGCGGUACUGCCACACGCCCCAAACCCCCGGCUCCUCCGCCUACGCCUUCGACAUGGACGCCAUCGGCAUGUCCCCCACCACCCCGUUCUACCUCUCCCAGCGCACGAAGCUCGUCCAGCAGACCUGUCCGCCCAAGCAGACCCGCCAGGGUCUCUUCAACACCCCGGGCCCCGUGCGCGAGCCGAACCAGAAGCUGCGCUCCAAGCUCGAGGCCGCGCGCCGGAAGAGCAUGGCUUACAAGCCCCGGGUGGGCAGUCCCCUCGUGGAGUGAUCUUCCACUUUACUCUUUUCUUAUUUCAUUCUAGUUGUCACUAGCUGGGUAGGGUCUUGUUUAGGAGUUGACUUUGGGGUGUUGUUGUUUUCUUGUUUGUUUUUUGGCUGGGUCUGGUUCUUGUUUUCCCCUGGUUUAUUAUGU